AUGCCUUCUCUAAUCUUUGUCGCUGGCUUCGUUGGCUUGCUGGUAACUGAAGUCCUUACAGAUGAUGACCCAACACGACCGGUUGUCAUCCGAUUGCAACCUAUGUCCACAAAACCCAGGUUUCUUUCCGAGCAAUCGUUCCCAUCACCUCCUGCUGCUCAGCAACCGGUGUUUCAACACACGGCACCACCAGGCAGUCAACAGUUCGUUCCCCGAACUGGUGCCAGUGUCCCACCUCCACCACCAGUCACUAUUCCUCCCGAUGUUCAAAAUCAGCUCAUAAAAUUCUUUGGUCUCGACUCGUUUGGAAUUCCAGGUCUUACUGGAAAUCAUCCUAACGGCUUUGCAGGAGCCGUGCAGGAACUCCGCGCUGCAGGAAUUCCCGUGCAAGGUCUUCUACCAGAGCAUCUUAGUGGAAACGCUGUGGCGCAUGCUGCGCCGACUCAAGGAGAUGUGCUUGCUCAGGCAAAUCCGAAAUUUCAAGAUCAGCUCACACAGCUUGUGAAUGAAGCUCGCAACUCUGGUCCUUAUGAAGGUAAUGGAGGUCAAGUUCCACUUCCCGCCGACAAACCUGGUGAAAAUGGGCUAAUUGGAUUACUUUCGAACUCAAUCCGAAAGCUUGUCAAAGAAACCGGAGUGUCAGACGCUCUCUCUCAAUCGCUGCCAUCUUUGUUAGGCAAUCCACAUUCGUCGGGGGGACCACAUCACAGUGGAGUCUCAUCGUCUUCUUCUAUAGACGCUCCUGCCGUCUCACAUUCGGUAGACGAGAAUGCCAUCACAAAUCACGUUCACGGUGCGGACAUUCGUCGUCAACCUUCGACUGCUCAGCGCGCGCUAUCCGGAAUCUCGUCCUUUCUUGGAGGAGGCGGUGGGAACAGUCCUACUCACGCUGGUCUACCAAGAAUUCCAGGAAUUCCCCUUUUACCUGGAGGAAUUCCACGAAAUGCACAAGGUCAAAUUGAUGUGGUUAAUUUAAUUGGAUCAAUAACUCGUCGUCUUUCUAAUGGAACAACUUUGGCCGAUAUGCUACCUCCUGAGCAAUUACAAACUCUUGCUGAUAACGUUACUGAUGCUCUAUUGCCUGAUACUCCCAGUGAUUUCGAUCUCAGCAAGUUCAUGGGCAGAUGGUUCGAAGGAAUUAACUCACCUCGUGCUACUGAGCAACGAUGCGUUGUACAUCACUAUGGUGGAUUAACUAAGAAUGAAAAGACAGCUACGUUCACUGCCCUGAAGAUCUAUAGAGAAGGAUCAGAGUUCGGACCAGUGAGGUACUCCAUCGGGUAUGCGUUCCGUGGUGGAAACAAAGAUGCAAUGCUGCAAUUGCAUACUAGUGAAAGUAGUGAUGCUCAGCCGUUUUGGGUAUACAAGCUCGGCCCCGACGGCAAAGAUCCGUUCGGUAAUCCACAAUAUGAGUACGCUAUCGUUUCUAACUGGGUACGCUAUCCAGUAACGGUGCUGGUUCGAGAUCCGGAUACUUUCAAAACUAAGUAUCAAACUGAGGUUCUGCGUUGGUUGGAGGACCAAGGUUUCAUCAACGGCUUCAUUCGAGCCUUCAAUCUUUUGCAACCGUCAGGAUACUCGAGUUGUCAAUAUGCUGACAGCACAUUCGAAGUGUUCGGAAAGUAG